UGAUGACUGACGGCUUAAAAAAUUUGAGCGUCUGAACCUUCAAUGCUUCAUGGUUCUUCUCGGCGCCUCAUCUCUAUCUCAUUCCUACCAAAUCUGAGCCGUUCAAUCUCAAUCACCCAUCACCAACCCAACAAUGAUGUUCUUGAUUUCUUCAAUGAUUUGCUUCAACAAUGCUCCAAAUCUCACCUUUCCCAACAAAUUCACUCCCAAAUCAUUGUCACUGGCUCGCAUCGAUCUGCGUUCUUGGCCGCCCGGGUCGUGUCGGUUUAUGCAGGUUUUGGGCUGGUCAGUGAUGCCCAGAGAGUGUUUGAAGCUAGCCCAAUUGAGUGCUUUUCGAAUCUGCUUUUGUGGAAUUCAAUUUUGAGGGCUAAUGUGGCUCAUGGGUACUGUGAAGAAGCUCUUGAAAUUUAUUGUAGAAUGCGAAAGCUAGGGGUUUCGGCUGAUGGGUUUACUUUUCCUUUGGUUAUAAGGGCUUGCGCUUUGAUGGGUAGUCGUAAAUUGUGCAGGAGCGUUCAUGGGCAUGUUGUGGAAAUGGGGUUUCAGUGGAAUCUUCAUGUGGGGAAUGAAUUGAUGGGAAUGUAUGGGAAGAUCGGGAGAAUGGAUGAUGCGCGCAAAGUGUUUGAGAGAAUGGCUGUCAGGAGUUGUGUUUCUUGGAACACUAUGGUUUCGGGUUAUGCACUUAAUUAUGAUUGUCAUGGUGCUUCUGAGAUGUUUCGGAUGAUGGGGUCUGCAGGGCUGGAGCCCAAUUUGGUGACAUGGACUUCCCUGCUGUCGAGUCAUGCUCGAUGUGGGCAACAUGUCGAAACAAUGGAGUUGUUUGGUAGGAUGAGGAUGAGGGGAAUUGGGGCUACUGCUGAAGCACUUGCUGUGGUGUUAUCAGUCUCUGUUGAUUUGGCUGCUUUUGAUGAGGGCAAGGUGAUCCAUGGAUAUGUUGUGAAGGGUGGAUUUGAAAACUACUUGUUUGUGAAAAACUCGCUUAUAUGCCUGUAUGGGAAACAUGGAAAUGUAAAUGCUGCCCGAAUUCUGUUUCUAGAAAUCAAAACCAAGAAUAUAGUGAGUUGGAAUGCUCUGAUAUCAUCAUAUGCAGAUUUGGGUUGGUGUGAUGAGGCUUUUGCAAUAUUUUUGCAGCUGGAGAAGACAGAUGAGUAUCCGAUGGUGAGGCCCAAUGUGGUAAGUUGGAGUGCUGUCAUUGGAGGAUUUGCUUCCAAAGGACAAGGGGAGGAGGCCCUUGAACUCUUUCGAAGAAUGCAGCUUGCUAAAGUAAAGGCAAAUUCUGUGACAAUUGCCAGUGUUUUAUCAGUUUGUGCAGAGUUAGCAGCACUGCAUCUUGGUAGGGAGAUCCAUGGCCAUGUAGUCAGAUCUUUGAUGGAUGGAAACAUUUUGGUGGGGAAUGGAUUGAUUAAUAUGUACACAAAAAGUGGAAGUUUCAAGGAAGGGAAUUUGGUAUUUGAGAAAAUUGAGAAUAAGGAUUUGAUCUCUUGGAACACUAUGGUUGCAGGGUAUGGCAUACAUGGACUUGGUGAGAAUGCUAUAAGAACUUUUGAUCAGAUGAUUAAAGAUGGCUUUGAGCCAGAUGGGGUCACUUUUGUUGCUGUCCUUUCAGCAUGUAGUCAUGCUGGGCUUGUCGCUGAGGGCCGUGAACUCUUUGAUAAGAUGAUCAAAGAGUUCAGGGUUGAGCCCCAGAUGGAGCACUAUGCUUGUAUGGUGGAUCUUCUUGGCCGAGCUGGGCUUCUACAGGAGGCAAGCGAGGUAGUGAAGAGCAUGCCAGUGGAACCCAAUGCUUGUGUUUGGGGAGCCCUGCUGAACUCCUGCAGGAUGCAUAAAAACACAGAAGUGGCAGAGGAAACUGCCUCUCAGAUCUUUAAUAUCAACUCAGAAAUAGCAGGGAGCUACAUGCUACUCUCAAAUAUUUAUGCUGCAUCCGGGAGAUGGGAGGAUUCUGCAAAGGUCAGAAUCUCAGCAAAGACAAAGGGUCUAAAGAAAACCCCAGGCCAGAGUUGGAUUGAGGUGAAGAAGAAGGUUUACAUGUUUUCAGCAGGCAACACCCAGCAUGCAGAAUUGGAGGAAGUUUACAGGAUCCUCAAGGAUCUAGGUCUUCAAAUGGAGGUAGAAGGCUAUAUUCCCAACAUAGAUGAAGAACAGAGACCAAGAUUGCUUGGGUACAGGUAGAACUUAAGAGCUUCUCCAUUCCUUAUGGACAUGCUCAUGAGUUAUUGCAUUUUUACCACAUAUUUAUCGGUAUGUAAAACUGGUUUUUUCUCAAAUAAUGAGAUGAUCAGAGCUAUAAUCAGAGGGAGACAAUAAAAAUUUUCAAUGCAAAUGAAGAUGGGGCAUUGCUCUUUAUGCAA